UACUGCAGCUACAGCAAUGGCGCCUACAAUCACUUCAACAGCAGACCACCCAAAGGAACACUUGAACCUGACCCACAAGAUAAGAAAGCCACUUGUGGAGAAGAUGCGUAGGGAUCGCAUCAACAACUGCAUUGAGCAGCUCAAGGAUCUCCUGAGUCCACAGCUCCUCAACCAGCAGCCCGACUCCAAGCUGGAGAAGGCCGACAUCCUGGAGAUGACCGUUUGCCUCCUGAGACGGCAUCUUCAGCCAAUGAAAACAUCACCCUCCUUUGAUGCUGCCAGUCAGGGCUUCUCCAGGUGUGCUCAAGAGGUUGCUUACUUCCUGUCCAAGGAUUCUGGGAGCCCACAGUCCCAUGGGAAGUUGGUGACCCAUUUCAAGACCCUACAAACACCCAGUGAUGACCACCGGAGGGAGAGUGACCAGUGCCUGUUGGGGUCUCCUGUCAGGCAUGUCCAGGGCAAAGACAAGAGUCCAGCCAAGAGCGCCCCCUGGAGGCCCUGGUAG